AUUGGCCGCCUGGUGCCCCGCCCCGCCCGCGAUCCUGGGAGCUGUCCGGCCUCCUCGGUGCUGAUCCCGCCGCCGCCCACGGGCCGCGAGCAGCGCUGAAAGGGCACUAUGAGCGGGGGCGUCUAUGGCGGAGAUGAGGUGGGGGCGCUGGUCUUUGACAUUGGCUCCUUCUCAGUCCGCGCUGGGUACGCUGGGGAGGACUGCCCCAAGGCUGACUUCCCCACCACGGUGGGGCUGCUGGCCGCGGAGGAGGGGGGUGGGCUGGAACUGGAGGGGGAGAAAGAGAAGAAAGGGAAGAUCUUUCACAUCGACACCAACGCCCUGCACGUGCCUCGGGAUGGAGCGGAGGUCAUGUCGCCUCUCAAGAAUGGCAUGAUCGAGGACUGGGAGUGCUUCCGUGCCAUCCUGGACCACACCUACAGCAAACAUGUCAAAUCUGAGCCAAACCUGCACCCAGUGCUCAUGUCUGAGGCCCCGUGGAACACACGGGCCAAGCGGGAGAAGCUGACAGAGCUGAUGUUCGAGCAGUACAACAUUCCUGCCUUCUUCUUGUGCAAGACGGCGGUGCUCACUGCCUUUGCAAACGGACGUUCCACGGGCCUGGUGCUGGACAGCGGGGCCACCCACACCACGGCCAUUCCAGUGCAUGAUGGCUACGUCCUGCAGCAAGGCAUCGUCAAGUCACCCCUGGCAGGGGACUUCAUCUCCAUGCAGUGCCGGGAGCUCUUCCAGGAAAUGGCCAUUGACAUCAUCCCACCAUACAUGAUCGCAGCCAAGGAGCCCGUACGGGAGGGUGCCCCCCCAAACUGGAAGAAGAAAGAGAAGCUACCCCAGGUUUCCAAGUCUUGGCACAACUACAUGUGCAACGAGGUGAUCCAGGACUUCCAGGCCUCCGUGCUGCAGGUCUCAGACUCUCCUUACGAUGAGCAGGUGGCUGCACAAAUGCCCACAGUGCACUAUGAGAUGCCCAAUGGCUACAACACAGACUACGGCGCUGAGCGGCUCCGCAUCCCUGAGGGCUUGUUUGAUCCCUCCAAUGUCAAGGGCCUGUCAGGGAACACCAUGUUAGGUGUGGGCCACGUGGUGACCACCAGCAUUGGCAUGUGCGAUAUCGACAUUCGCCCGGGCCUAUAUGGCAGUGUCAUUGUCACCGGUGGGAACACGCUGCUCCAGGGCUUCACUGAUAGGCUCAAUCGAGAGCUUUCCCAGAAGACCCCACCGAGCAUGCGACUGAAGCUCAUCGCCAGCAACAGCACCAUGGAGCGCAAGUUCAGCCCCUGGAUUGGGGGCUCCAUCUUGGCCUCACUGGGCACUUUCCAGCAGAUGUGGAUCUCCAAGCAGGAAUAUGAGGAGGGCGGGAAGCAGUGCGUGGAGCGGAAGUGCCCCUGAGGGCGCCCCCUCCCCACCCACAAGCCCGCCCGCAGCCGCGCGGGAGGGGACGCGAAGUGGGGGGAGAGGGUUUCCCCAGCCCGGCCUCCGCAAGCGCAGAUCGAAGCCCCCAACCCCCCCUCGCCCCCUUCUCGUCCCCUCCCCUCUCGUCUUCUUAGAUUGUGAUGUUUCUGGGUUGAAAGGAGUAAAAAUGUUUUAAGAAAAAAAAA